AUGAGGUGCGGUGAAUGGGCCUUGAAAUUAGCUUGUGAAAAGAGAAAAUCGGCCCGUUCUCCUGAAAUAAGAACCUGAUGAAGUUUUUAGUAUUUUUUCCUUGAAUAGUUCAUCUAGGCGUACAUUAGAGCCAAAAAAGAAAAAUUUCAAUUUUUUCUAUAUUGCACACCUUUGGUCGAUUUUUACAGACGGCCGCUCUUAAUAUAUAUAUAUAUAUAUAUAUAUAUAUAUAUAUAUAUAAAUAUAUAUAUAUAUAUAUAUAUAUAUAUAUAUAUAUAUAUAUAUAUAUAUAUAUAUAUAUAUAUAUAUAUAUAUAUAUAUAUAUAUAUAUAUAUAUAUAUAUACUAUAUAUAUAUAUAUAUAUAUAUAUAUAUAUAUAUAUAUAUAUAUAUAUAUAUAUAUAUAUAUAUAUAUAUAUAUAUAUAUAUAUAUAUAUAGAAUGGGAGAGGAAUUUAUACGAUCACUCAAGGUGAGAAUAUCUGAAAAUAGUGGUGGUGAUGAUGGUAACAGUGAUGGUGGUGGUGGUGGUAUGAUGGUAUGAUGUUGGUGGUGGUAAUGAUGGUAGUCGUAACUAUGAUGGUGGUGGUGGUGAUGAUGGUGGCGGUGAUGAUGGUGUAUGUGGUGAUGAUGGUGGUGGUGAUGAUGGUGGUGGUGGUGAUGAUGGUGGUGGUGAUGAUGGUGGUGGUGAUGAUGGUGGUGGUGAUGAUGGUGGCGGUGAUGAUGGUGUAUGUGGUGGUGAUGAUGGUGGUGGUGAUGAUGAUGGUGGUGAUGAUUAUGAUGGCGGUGAUGAUGGUGGUGGUGAUGAUGGUGGUGGUGAUGAUGGUGAUGAUGAUGAUGGUGGUGAUGAUGGUGGUGGUUGUGGUGACGAUGAUGGUGGUGGUGAUAAUGAUGGUGAUGAUGGUGGAUGUGUUGUUGUUGAUGAUGGUAAUUAUGAUGGUUUUGUUUCCUCAUUGACUUGUGUUUUUCCUCCGUCUUUUCCUCGUUCAAGAAGCACAACGUGAAUCAAUCGAGUUGCAAAGCAACAUCAAUGGCAUGGAGGAUGAAAAGGAACGACUGUUGAACAGUUUAGUCGAAGCAGUGUAAGUUCAUGAUUAACGUUCUUGCCCGCCGUUGAAUGUACAUGGAUGAAGAUCUUCACUAAAUGGAAUGAUAUUAUGUUUUCUUAGGAGACAGAUCAUACAUUGGGAAAAGAAAACGCAGCUAGCACGUGAAGCAAGAUCGACUGUGGAUGACGAUUAUGGUCCUGGCCAAAAACAAUGA